GCGGGAGAGAUUACGGUUACCAAAGGGUCUUCGGAGUCCCUCAGCGAGUGUUUUAAAUGAAUGGUGUUCCACGACAGGGGACAGGGACGGUUUGUCCAGUCCCCCUUGAAAGGCAGUGAGACUCUUAGAUUAAUCCCUAGCAAUAGAAAGGUUUUCGAUUGGGAAAGGGUAGAAGGAGGCAAGACCACCGUGAGCGGGGAGUUCAUGUGGGUAGAGUCUGAGGAAAUUGAGGGCCGAGGGGUUGAGAGGUGUCUCGAGGUGACCGCGGUUAUCUUCGUGGCCCCUGACGCUUGGGCGAGGAUCAUAGUGCCCCUGGUCCUGGGACAAGGGGGUGGGCUGGAUAGGCUGUUGAGGGAAGCAAGGGAAGUAAGAGGGGAAUGGGGGUCACCGAAGCCGCAAGAGGCGUUCCGGUGGAAUCCCAGUGGGCGAAAUUUAAUGGAUGCGGAAGCAAGGAUGGAGGAAGCGCGAGAGUUUCCUAGAGAUAGACAGGGGUAUCGACCCCUUAGGAGGGAGGAAGAGGAGUGUCAGGACAGGAGGGACUUAAGAGAAGGGAGGUCAGCAGAAGCCGGCGGCAGGCCGCGGAGAUGGGUCGAAAGGAUCCCGGGGGCCGUCACCAGUAAGAGGCAGGCUUUAGUAGGGCAAAGAACUGGCGCGGAAAUGCGAAUGCCUGCGAGAGAAGGGGCGAUCGAGGGCUCGAGGGGCCUUCCUAUAGAGUCUCGGUGGGCGGAUUUACCGGACGCGAGAAUGGGAGAGGCUCAAGAAUUUCCAAGAGAUAGGGUGGGGUACCGGCCAACUAGGAGAGAAGAGGAAGGGGGACCGAGUAGAAGGGACCUUAGAGACGAGAGGCCGGCGGAGGCUUGUAGUAGGCCACGGAGGUGGGCCGUAAGAGAAGCGGAUGCUGCAUGGGCUCCCGGCGAGAUAACGGGCAGGAGUCAGGGGGUGGAGGCGUGGAGAAGCUUUAGGGGGCAGGACCACGCUCGGUGGGAGACGGAUUGGCCAAAUGAGCGGGGCCGUUACGGGGAAGACCCCUGGGGGCCGCCAAGACCCCAGGCACGGGUAAAGGAGCCGGAUCCCUCAUGGUACAAGCCAUACGACCCGGCAAUCGAUGGGCCAAUGGAAGAACCCUAUUUUCGCCGAUACGACGACCGGCGAGUCCCCUACUACGACGUCAACCUGGGUCUGGAGGCACUCUUUUUCGACGGACGUGACGUAACGGGAUUCGUAGAGAAAUGGAAAAGUUAUGCUUACCGGAAGAGAUUCUCUGAAAGGGAGUGGAUUGACUAUUUCAUCCAGCACUCGGACCCCGAGUUAGACCCCGCGAUCCGGGCUAUCUACCCCGCGGAUGGAUGAUGGAGGACCUUCAGGACGAGUCUAUUGCGAACUUUC